UCGGUGUGCGCAUGCGCAGUGCGUAGUGACGGACAUGUUGAGUUCAGUAGCAGUGGAGUCGUCGUGUAGUGUUUCGGUGCGCGUCUCCGCCCGCGGUGUUUGCACCGACAACCCCGGGGUUUGAGCGACAACAAAACAGCCAUGAACUCGGGCUUGGAUCUGUCACGUCGGAACCCGCAGGAGGAUUUCGAGCUGAUCCAGAGGAUCGGGAGCGGAACCUACGGCGAUGUGUAUAAGGCGCGAAAUGUCAACACGGGAGAGCUGGCAGCCAUCAAAGUCAUUAAACUGGAACCAGGUGAGGACUUUGCGGUGGUUCAGCAGGAGAUUGUGAUGAUGAAAGACUGUAAACACUCGAACAUUGUGGCGUACUUCGGCAGUUAUCUCAGGAGAGAUAAAUUAUGGAUCUGUAUGGAAUACUGUGGCGGCGGCUCACUACAGGACAUUUACCACGUGACCGGACCUCUGCUGGAGUCACAGAUUGCAUAUGUAUCCCGGGAGACCCUUCAGGGCCUGUACUACCUCCACAACAAAGGCAAGAUGCACAGAGACAUUAAGGGAGCAAAUAUCUUACUGACAGACAACGGCUAUGUGAAGCUGGCGGAUUUUGGCGUCUCGGCUCAGAUCUCAGCCACUCUGGCCAAGAGGAAGUCCUUCAUUGGAACGCCAUAUUGGAUGGCUCCGGAGGUGGCUGCAGUAGAGCGUAAAGGAGGUUAUAACCAGCUGUGUGAUAUCUGGGCCGUGGGCAUCACUGCUAUAGAGCUGGCUGAGCUGCAACCUCCCAUGUUUGACCUGCAUCCAAUGAGAGCUCUUUUCCUCAUGACCAAGAGCAACUUCCAGCCUCCUAAACUGAAAGAUAAACUUAAAUGGACGAAUAACUUUCAUCACUUUGUGAAAAUGGCCUUGAUUAAGAACCCGAAGAAGAGGCCGACGGCAGAUAAACUGCUGCAGCACCCGUUCGUAUCGCAGCCGCUGAGCCGCACCCUCGCCAUCGAGCUGCUGGACAAAUUCAGCAACCCCGACCGCACCGACAUGGAGGACAGCCACGACGGCGAGGACGAGGAAGCCGACCCCGAGUCUCCGGUGCACGUUCCUCAGCGGAUCACGUCAGCAAGCCGAAGUUCACGGGAUAAAAAGACACUGUCAGAGAUUAACUUUGAUCAGGUCAAGUUUGAUCCUCCGCUUUGGAAAGAGACAGAGCUGCAUGAGCCGGAACUGCAGCUGGAGCCACAUAGUUUACUGGGUGAACAUAAGAGUCUGUUAAAAUCAGUAGCAGAAGAACUCAAUCAGAGGGGUCAUGUGACACAUUUAGAGGAGGAUGAGGAGGAUGGUGAUGAUGAAGCUGGACAUUCAAACUCCAGUUCAACAAUGAGGCCUAAAGUUCCUCCUCCUUUACCCCCUAAGCCCAAGGCUCUUGGCCCUCCCCAGAACGAUCCUGACGGAGAGGAUGGCGCCGGACAGGGGACCAUCAAACGUUGCCCUGCCUCCGCAAGCCCCGCCCCUCCUCCUCGCCCCACCUCCUGCGUGCCCCCCAGGCCGCCGCCCCCUCGCCUGCCCCCUCAGAGACGCAGCAGCUUAGGUAAAGAGCCUCCAGAGCGCGCUCAGACAGAGACCGAAGGGGAUGAUGGGAGUUUUAGGUUCUGGGAGUGGCUACACGCUGAGGAGCAGAAGGAAGACAGCAAUGGAUUGAGCGCAUCAUCGCAGAACGGAGAGAGGGAAAGACUCUCGACUCUCCCCACCGUUCCCAGUCGCAGGAGUAAAGACGUUCCCAAGCCGAUGUGUAACGGUCUGCCUCCUACGCCCAAAGUGCACAUGGGAGCGUGUUUCUCAAAAGUGUUUAACGGAUGUCCGCUGAAGAUCCACUGCGCUUCGUCCUGGGUCAACCCAGACACCAGAGAUCAGUAUUUGAUUUUCGGAGCUGAGGAAGGAAUGUACAGUCUUAAUCUGAACGAGCUUCACGAGACCUCCAUGGUGCAGAUAUUUCCCCGGAGGUGCACGUGGUUAUACGUGAUGAACAACUGGCUCUUCUCAAUAUCUGGUAAAGCGUCCCACCUAUACUCCCAUAACCUGUGUGGUCUCUUCGAGCAUGCUCGGCAGAUGCAGAAGUUACCGGUUGCCAUAUCGACAUACAAACUGCCCGAUAAAAUCAUCCCACGGAAGUUCACAGUGUCCAAUAAGAUUCCAGACACAAAAGGGUGCCAGAAGUGUUGUGUAGUUCGCAAUCCAUACACAGGGAUGAAGUAUCUGUGUGGUGUGUUCCAGUCCAGUGUAGUUUUAUUUGAGUGGGUGGAGUCCAUGCAGCGCUUCAUGCUCAUUAAGAAUAUAGACUUCACCCUCCCUUGUCCAUUGGAGGUGUUUGAGAUGCUGGUGGUCCCCGAGCAUCAUUACCCAUUGAUCUGUGUGUCCGUUGUUAAAGGCAGUCAGCCUGAUCAGGUUGUGACCUUUGGCACCGUUGACCCCAAUGAUAUAGCACCAACCUACACAGAACCUGACACACCACAGACGUGUGUCAUUCACGUCACACAACUGGAAAGGGACACCAUACUGGUGUGUUUGGACCGUUGUAUAAAGAUGGUGAACUUACAAGGCCGAUUAAAAUCUAGCAAGAAGCUCUCAGCCGAGCUCACCUUCAACUUCCAGAUUGAAGCAAUAGUGUGUUUGCAGGAUAGCGUACUGGCGUUCUGGAGACACGGCAUGCAGGGACGCAGCUUCAAAACCAACGAGAUCACGCAGGAGAUCUCAGACAGCUCAAGAAUCUUCAGACUGCUGGGCUCAGACAGGACGGUGGUUUUAGAGAGUCGACCGACGGAUAACCCAACAGCUCAGAGUAACCUGUACAUACUUGCAGGCCAUGAGAACAGCUACUGAACACACACACACACACUAAACAGCAUUCCUCUGCUAUGCUACAUAACGCACUACACCCCCGCCACAGCUAUAAGCUACAUGUGCGCACACACACAUUCCUAUAAACAAUACGCCAGCAGCCGCCCUCUUACACUGCUGUCUGCUAUGACACAGCCAUAACUACACUACACACACUACACACACACUACUGAUCGUAUCCUACCCUGACUCGCUGACUCUUUUUAAAAAAAAUUAUUUAUUGUGGCAUGUCACCACGAGGCGUCUUGUUUUUUAUUUUGUUUGUUUGUGGUUUUUUUUUUCCUUUUUAAAAAAACCCCAGAUUUUUUAUUUUCCAUCGUCUCUGCCUGCAGCCUUCCCUCGUUCUCGCUCUUAGCUCCCGAAGAGCCGAUACACCUUUAUAGCGCCGGUAACAUCGUGCCGUCUUGCGGCUAGCUACGUAAGGACUUCGUAACACACCGAUUUGCGACGAAUAACGUUUGAAGAAUAAGGCGGUUCGUGUAAAAAGCCGUCAUGUGAGAUGUUUAUUAAUCGAAUCACUUUUAUUUGAUUGUUCUGCUUUCAAAGUUCAAGAACACAGGCACUUAUGAUUCUAACCCAGAUCCAAACCCAGUCUCAACAACGACCACUAAAACAAUCUUCACAAUUUAGACACGCUGCUUUUAUCGCACUUUUAUUCUUUUAUCGUUUUUAACAUUUUUUAGCCUCCGUCGCUUUAACUGUAAAAAUCUCAAAAUAAAAUCGACCUGCGACUGAUUAACGUAAGUUUAAUUUGCUUUCACGCUAGUCGUAUUAUUUAUUUAAGGAACGUAUCGACUCCUAGCGAUUAAUUUUACGUGUAACGGGAACGAGUCGGCUAGAAAAAGAGUCACGUUGCCGAGUCGAAAUAAGAUUCGACUCGCUCUCGAUUCUAACGCAUAAUCAAACAUAAUCAAACAAUCGCUAACUUUAGCUGAAAUCUACAGUAUUGAAGUGGAUAAUGUACAAAUAAGGAAGCCAGAAAUUGUCUUUCAAAUAUUUUGCUAGUAAGAAUUUAUUCGAACGGUGCUCAAGUCAUCGUAAUAAAUUUCAGUUUUCAUGUAACGUAGCGUUGAAAUCAGGUUGAAUAUUUGCUCAUCUGCUAAAACUCGACCUAUAACUUGGGUGUUCCUAACAAUCAGAGGCUUCGGUUCUAGACAGCAGUGUAACGUAUUAUGCUAAUAAUAGUGUCACUUAAGAGCUAUAACUAAAAUUAAUUACAGCGACUUAGCAACUGUUUAGCUGUUAGCAAAUUUCUUCUUAAAACGUUCGUAAAAUGAUCCAGGGCUGAUAUUUGUGUUGUUAUAGAGCCUGCUUUCGUUCUUUCUUUAUUUUUUUGUACGUCAUGACGGAUCGCUUUAAAAAGUUACCUCACGAACACUGACGCGAGCUUUUCACACCGCGCGUUAUUCUGUAAAUAACAACGCGACGCGCGUGUUACGAAGUCUUUCCGCAGCUAGUCUGCGCAAACCAAGUAAAUAAAAUGAAACUAUUACCAAAAAUGUUGUCUUUUCAAACUGAAAAGAGUAGAGUGUAACUUCUGGGUACGUUUUUGUCACCGUAAUUUAUUCUAGUAGUAAUAAUAAUAAUAAUAAUGAUGAACAGUAAUAUGCUUGUGAAUUUAUGCCUUGCAAUAUCAGAACACGUACUCACGUAGAAGUUACAGUAAAGCUAACGGGCUCGUGUACAUACUUUGGUUAUUCGGCUCAAAGGCUUAAAGGAAAAGUUUCAUCCUGAAGGUGCGACGUCGGUGGGCAUUUGUGUCUUUAUCCCGUGCCUUUCGUGCUCAGUAUAGUUCGAAAUACACAUGCAGAAGAAGGAAUGGUUGCUUAAUUUGCAAACGGUAUUCAACAUUUUAUUUCUUUUAAAAUAAAUAUAUAUAGAUAUACUUAUAGAUAUGGACACGUAUUAAUUUUUAACCAAAUAUUGUACUAUAUCAUUAAAAAAAAAACAAAGCGUAUAAUGACGAUAUAAAGAUUUCAAGACAUAAUUCAGGAAGUCUCAGAGUUGAAUUAACACUAAACGACAGGUAUUAAGGCUUAUUUAAUUCAACACUACAGUCUCGAGGCGGUUAUUAGCCGCUUUAACGGUCGCUUUGUACGUAAAAUUUGUACGCUGUGUAAUUUUUAUUUUAAAAAGUCCAGCAGUGAAGCGAGAGCACGGGUUCGAGGGGAAAAUGUAAAGAUGUUCUGUAAUUAUUAACAAUCAACAACGGUUUAUUCUUAUAGAUAGUCGUAGGUUUGUCUAUAUUUUAGCUCAGAAUUGAACACAGAGUAUAAAAUACUUGGUAAAAUGACGACGUUAGUCGUGUCAGACUUUUGUUUUUUUUUUUUUUUUGAGACGCAUUUUUAAUAAAAUUUGUGUGAAAGUAUUACUGUUAGGCUUCUCGCUAUAGAAAGUGUUCCUAUUUGAACGAUUCAGAACAGAAUUCCAUGCACAUUCCGGCACGUUCCAGCCCCGACGACUAGCGUUAGAUCCCCUAAAGGACCAAGAACACAUUCACUCGGUUUAUUAAUCCAGGAUAUUUUAUGUUGUAUUUUUAUUUACACGAGUUUACUUAACUCGCUCCGCUCACCGUUCAGAUCCCAGCCACGUUAUUUAUACGUGUAUAGUCCUCACACAUGAUAAUGGAGGGUUCAGUCUGGGAUCCAGCUGCCAAACGACUGGCCCAUGGGUUUUAAACAACAGGAAUUUGACACGUCUGAUUUAAUACAUAACGUUUAGGUGCCAGUUAUCAGGGUCGUAUAUUUUAGCUUGCAGUGAUGUUUAGUUUAUUUUAUUUGGGAGAAGUUUUUCUAUCUAGCCGGUAAUUUAUAUUCUUUGAGAUUGAACAUCAUGACGACGUCACGGACAAUUCGCCAUCGCGCCUGUCCAUCGACGGCGAAUCCCAAAAAUUCAGAGAUUUCAGUGAAAUCUCGAACAUCACUCUAUAAACACGUUUAAAGGAAAACCAAGUGCCAGACUUUCCAGAAAUCACCGCCAAAUUCUCUGCUUCGAUUUUUUUAUUUUUUUUUUCAAGCAUGAUCCUUCGAUCGCUAUUGUUACAACUAGAGAUGAUGCGAGAUCUGUUUUUUUUUUUGUUUGUUUGUUGUUGUUUGUUUUUUCCCCUGAGACUUUUUUUUAAAUGAAGCACUUCACACUUGCAUUACAAAUAUAAUAAAGUCUAAAUUUAAUUCUUAACAAAAGGAAAAAAGGUUCAAGUCUCUAUAUGUGUAAACAUUUCUAGUUCCAAAAAUACAGUUAUUUCCAAAUCUAAUUCCAACAGGAUUCGGAUGAACUCAUGAACAUUUGACCUUUUGUGUGUUUUUAUUUUAAAUAACUAAUAAUAAUCGUAAUGCUUCAUCGCCAGAUCGAUCAAAUUCGCGUCCGUCGAUAACCUGUGGGCCGAUUGUACCGAAAAACAGAUCCGGUGUCACGGAGCUUCACUGAACUCUGACUGCAGUUUCAUUCACUAAAUAAAACUAAAGCUGGGUUCCGGCCUUCGUGUGCGUGUCGUCGCUCUGGACCGAAAGCCAUGCCUCACGUUUUAACCUUACUCUAAUCACUGUAUUGAAAAUUUGCACAGUUUUAUACAUAUAUAAUGUGACGUUCGCUGUUCAGUUAGGAUUUCGCUGCUUAGGUGUUCUGAUAAACAAACACUUAACACUACAGACACGUUUCGACACGAGCCGAUGUCACAUCGUUAGUUAAUAGACCCAACGAAUGCUAGAGAUUAGCGAGAGAUUUUACCGGUUUUUUUUUGUUUAUUUGUUUUUUUGUUUUUUUUUGAGGUAUACAUGUGUUGGAGGUGUAAAUAUGAAAGAAACGGCGAAACUGGACACAAACGCGUUCCCUUAAGUUCGACUUCACGAGGACGUUUCGGUGUCUGUCGGAGAUGAAAAUACAAGACCGCCUCUGAUUGGCUGGCGCAUGAUUACAUCACAAAAUGUUUCGUCUUAACGUCUGCUAACUUUCACACGUCUAGUGCACGUGCGUCGUUUUUCGUUCGGCAUGCGAGAGGCGCGUUACAGAUUCAGAUACCAGAAUGUCCUCGUGAUCGUAGCUGAACGUGGGCGUCUGUCGUUGAAUAAUGUUGUUGUUUUUUUUGUUUGUUUUUUUUUUGGAAAUGACAGUAGCAGUUGUCUGGGUGAUCAUUUAGCAAUGUGAACAUGUUACUAAGGGGGAAAAGUGCACUUCUUUACGCUCCAUGAAUAAAUAAAAGGAUUUAGGGCUAAAAUAUAAUGUCAGUUUGCCAUUUUAGAACAUCCAGCAAAUCUGUCCAGCAAAACAAAGUCAUUUUUGCAUCUUUAGUUCGGCAGAAGCUACGAGUCAGAUUUAGCUAGAAAGUGAUGGAAGUUUUUCGCACCUAAAAAUCUGUACAUUGAGUUUUUUUUUUUUUUUGUUUUUUGUUUUUUUUCUCUGGACACACGAACUGUUAAACCGAGCUGCGAGACAAACCGAGCCCCGAAAGACGGAGCUGCAGAAACGCCACGUGAACAAAAAGAGAAAACACACGCUGGAUGUGAUGCGCACAACGUUUAACACUAGUUUAUAUCGUUUAGAUAAUUAACAGAUCGAACUGCUGGCUCCGUGUUGUCCGUUUUCUCAGACUGUGAUUUCUGCGACUUUUUAUUUUCCAUCCCAGUAUUUUCUGAUAAAUGAACAGAAGCGUGUUACGAGCGCAUUUUUAGGACAGAAGUUCCACAGACAACAUUGUAAAAUAAAAAGAAAAAGAAUAAAUAAAUAAAAUAAUGAAUUGUAUGUUUAAAAACAUUAAGGUUUGGUGUGAAACUGUACGCUGCAAAAAAAAAUAAAAAUCAGUAAGUGAUAUCUUGUAUAAUAGAAAGUUUCUGUUAAAUAUUAUGAGAUAAUUCUAUAACAUUUAUUAUUAUAUAAUCGAUUAGCAGCUUCUUCUGUUGAAACUAUAUUAAGCUUGGAAAUUAGUUUGAUAUUUAGAAAUAUUUUUAAUUAUCCAGAAUAUUAGUUUAUUUGACUGCGAUUUUUUUUUUUUUUUUUUUUAACAAUUUUUUAUUUAUUUAUAUAUAUAUAUUUUUUGCGCCAGUGUAUUAUCAUCUCCAUCACUUUCUAAGCCACAUUCUGGAGGCUGGAAUGAUACUGAAUUUUGCUUAAAAUAAAUCAGCAAUCCGCAAACGUUCCAGGCAAAAGGCUGAGCGGCGUUCCAUGUGAGACGAGUCAGUUUCCUUCAUUCACUUACUAGAGCCUCGUAGCUUCUGCACAAAAACUAUAGAGCGAAAGUGCCACAGCUGAUCGACUACUUUUAAUUAACGCACUGAUAUGAGAGAGAAAGAGAGUGUUUAAAGUGCAGUAACCUUUUCAACCUUCCAGAUUGCAGCUCGAAACGUCACCGCGCAGGUUUCAGCACGUGUUAAUAACAAACCGAGUCCACGUUCGUCCGUCAUCUUCGCUUCACACUACGAUGCACAUGACCUGUAAAUAGUGUACGAUAAUAUUUGGUUUUACAGACUGUAUAAUCGUCUAUAUUUUGUUUCGAAAGUGAAACUGAUCUAUGAGAUUGAGGUAACACAUUAAAGGUGAAGAAAAACAAAAAAAAAAA